GGGAAGGGUUUGAUUCUACUUUUACAUGGUGCUCCUGGCGUUGGCAAAACAUCUACAGCAGAGGGCGUAGCUGAAUGUUUUCAAAAGCCUCUUUUUCAGAUUACAUGUGGUGACUUGGGAGUUACAGCAAGAGACGUGGAAAAGACACUGCAAAUGAACUUUAACCUGGCCACAAAAUGGGGGUGCAUUCUACUAUUAGAUGAAGCAGAUGUUUUUCUUUCUCAAAGAGAAGAAACAGAUUUUGUACGGAACGGAAUGGUAGCAGCAUUUCUACGUGUUUUGGAGUAUUAUACCGGAAUCUUGUUCUUGACAACGAAUCGUAUUGGUGAUUUCGAUGAGGCUUUUACCUCGCGAAUUCAUAUCAGUCUUUACUACCCUGAACUUGAUACUAAGAAGACUGUCGAUAUUUUCAAACUCAAUCCCAAUCUUAUUCAGAAUCGAUUUAAGGGAAUGAAUCGUGUAAUUCAGAUAGAUUAUAAAGGGAUCGAGGUCUUUGCUAAGAUGCACUAUUGGUGGUACUACGAUUCGCGAUGGAAUGGGCGUCAGAUCCGCAAUGCUUGUCAGACAGCCUUGGCGCUCGCAGAAUAUCAAGCCCAGCAAGAUAGCAAAUCAGCCGGUCUCGAUUCGGAAGCCCCUGUCAAACUAACCGUCAAUUAUUUCGAAACCGUACGCGAUGCCUAUCUCGAGUUCACCAAAUACUUGGCUGAUCUUUACGGCGCCAACACUGCCAGAGUGGCUGAGGAGAGAUAUAUUCGUGCAGAA